GUUCUGUGAGAAAUAGAAAGAAAGAGAAAGACAUUCAAUCGAAGUACUAUAGUUUGCUUGAUUUUAUUUUUAAUAAAUAAUAAAUCAAAAAACUUCCUUUAUAUUAAUUUAUAUAUAAUAAAUAUUGAAUGAUGUCGAUUAUAUUUUCAAAUUUGCGUAGAAGUACAAGUUUAAAGAAUUUCGCUAGUUUGGGAUAUGUCCAAACUGCGUCUUAUCAUGCAAAUGUGAUUGAUCACUAUGAAAAUCCUAGGAAUGUAGGAUCUUUAGACAAGAAAGAUAAAAAUGUUGGGACCGGGCUAGUUGGUGCACCAGCAUGUGGGGAUGUAAUGAAAUUACAAAUAAAAGUGGAUGAAAAUGGAAAGAUCAUUGAUGCAAAGUUCAAAACUUUUGGAUGUGGUUCUGCAAUUGCAUCUAGUUCUUUGGCCACUGAAUGGGUAAAAGGAAAGACUGUUGAUGAAGCUCUUAAAUUAAAGAAUACUGAUAUUGCCAAAGAGCUCUCCUUACCUCCUGUGAAGCUACAUUGCUCUAUGUUGGCUGAAGAUGCUAUUAAAGCUGCAUUAUCUGACUAUAGAAUCAAGCAGCAAAAUCCUGAAAAGAAAGACUAAAUACUAUCAAAAUUUAAUGAAACAGAUGCAACUAUUUUUUAAAUGGAUGGGCUUACACUUGCAAUGAAUAGUAGAUAGUAUUCUAGAUGUUUUGCACCUAGUCAAAAUAAAGAGAGCUUUAACCCCAGUUGUUUGCUAAGCAGCAUGUAGUGUUUAAAGCAUUUUCCUGAUAAAUAAAAAAAGACUGUCAUAUUUCAAUGUGUGAAUUUGUACUAAGCUCACUGGUGUAAUGUUAUUGAUUAGAGGUAGGGUAAUUGCAUACAUCAUAGUCUCUAAAAAGAAACUUAGUUUCUCUAUUGUUGUAUAGAAAAUAGAUUGCUUAAAACUACUGCAGUCUAGUAAUUAAAUGAUAUUAUUCAAUUGUGAUAUAAAUAUUGAAAUAAAAUUAUUCACAUUUAUAUUGUUUUUCAAUAAUUGAUGGAUAUUACAUAUAUUU